CUCCAUCUUGUCAUAUUGUUGUUUUGAGAUCGAAAAAACAUAAACAUAAACAUUCAUCUCUUUAUCGAUCAUUAUUUGUGAGUCAGGUGUUGAUUUUAGUUGUAUUUUAAACUUGAUCCAAAUUAACUACUUUCAUUUUAAUCUAAUUAAUUCACAUUUUCUAGUAUUAAUUUAUUGAAACUCAUCAUUUUCCCAACUUAAAGUUACAUAUCUUUAAUAAUAACCAGCACUGUGGAUUAUCAAACAGGAAUUGACAUGGAAACUGACGAUUUAUUUCCCGACGAACUUUUAAAAUCGCCUCUAGAUCUUAAUGAAAUUUGUGUCGUUUGCAAUGAAGAGCUUGCACCUGACGAUUUGCAGUCCCACUAUCUUGCAAAUCACAUUACUUUCGCUCCCCAUAUCUGUCCCAUAUGCAAUAAAGGUUUUAAUAGAAAAUACUCACUGCAUCUUCAUUCGUUUACACACACUGGAAUGAAACCCCAUGUUUGCGAUAUCUGUGGCAAGAGUUUCGCGCAAAAAAGUGAUUUAAACAAACAUUACGAACGACAUAUUGGCAUCAAGCGUAAUAUCUGUGAUAUUUGCCAGAGGGGCUUCACUCAAAAAAGUGACUUGAAAAAACAUUACAUGAUACACACGGGAAAUAAGCCGCAUGUGUGUUCCGUCUGCAAUAAAAAAUUCUCUCAGAGGACACAUUUGGAGCAUCACCUGUUGGUGCACAUUAAAGUUAAGCCUUUUAAAUGUAAUGCAUGCGAUAAAAGCUUUUACAUGAAUCAGAGUUUGAAAAAGCAUUUAUUGAAGCACAUUAAUGACCGAGGACACGCCUGCAAGAGAUGCGAUGAAAUUUUUGUUGACAAAGAAGCGUUGCAAGCUCAUAUGUCAACACAUUCAAAAAGGCACAUCUGCCAGUUGUGUGAAGAAGAUUUACCCUCGCCGCAAGAUCUUAGAAAACAUUACGCCAGCAGUCAUUCUGGAGAAGAGCCAUUCGCUUGUGACGUGUGCGAAAAACGCUUUUUCUCCCGGGGACGGUUAAACCAUCAUCUUCUGUCGCAUAGUGUUGUAAAACCGCAUGCUUGCAAUAUUUGCAACAAGAGUUUUGCACAGAAGGUUCACUUGCGUGAUCAUAUGAUGAUCCAUACGGGAGAAAAGCCACAUACUUGCUACAUCUGUAGCAAGAGUUUUAUACAGCUGUCCACGCUGCAGAGACAUUAUGCGACCCAUUCGAAUGAGAAUCACCAUGUCUGUAAAGUUUGUGAAAAAACUUAUUCUCAGAAAGGUGAUUUGAAUAAGCAUAUGUUAACUCAUGCCGGUGAAUAAAAUCUAAAUGUGAAAGUUUACUUUAUGAGGAAAUUAUAUAAAGUUUUGCCACAAAAGUUUUUGUGCUAUUUUCUCUAGUUGUUAGAUGCAUUUCUCAAACUGUUUAAUCUGCAUGCCAGAUUGAAUAAUGAUGGGCAAAAGAAAUUUUUAUUUUAAUGACCAGAUUGAAUAUUGUGCAAAAGGAAUGCUUAUUUUAAUCACAAAAUUGAAUAAUGAUAUACCAAAUAAUGCUAUUUUGUUGGCUAGAUUGAGCAAUGAUGUGCAAAAGUAAUGCUUAUUUUAAUGGCCAGAUUAUGCUUGAUCAAAUUGGUCUAUAAAAUGGAGUAGUUCUGUUUAUGUUACUUGGAAAAAAUGUGCUAGUGAAUGUAAAGAAGAUACCAUUACAUGUAUGAAAAAGCUUCUGAUUUUGGUUUAGUACAUGUUAAAGUGUAUUUGAUGUAUAUUAAUUCAGGCUAUGUAGUAUGAAUAGAGUGCAUUGUAUAAGUUUCAUUAAAUCUUAGGUUACAUGGUCUUGAUCCAUUAACUGGUUCUGUACAUGAGCAAAUUUCAUGCAAAAAUUUCCUUGCCAAGUUGAUUAUCCCAAAUAACAUGAGAGUAAACCGGUGACAGUGAAAGGGUUACAACAAUUUAUCACCAGAAAAAAAAAGUUAAAAUGACUUUUGUGCUUUAACUAGAAACAAGAGAGCUUACAGGAUUUAUUCUACAAGACAAAUUGUUAUUUUUAAUUAAAUUUUUCUUAAUGAGAGGCCGCAAGUCUUAGUGUUCCAAAGUACUAAAGUAAUUUUGAAGAUCUUUUCAUAAUACUACGAUUGUUGCAAUUUUGAUGAAAAAUACAACAAUCACCUAAUGAAAAUGGCCUGGAAUACGUAUUAUGAAAAAUAAUCCUAAAUUUAUUUUUUGUUGGUGUAUUAAAUGUGCAAUUUAUAAUAAAUAAGUUAUAUAUUUAUUUAAUAAGUUAUAUUUAAUAUUUAGAAUUAAUUAGUUAACAGUUAUAAUAUUUAUAAUUGAGAUACUUUUAGUUCCUCUGAUUAAUUAUAAAUUAUGAUUUUAAUUGUUUUGAUAAAUUAUUUUAUAGAAUAUUAAAAAUUCUGCUGAAUAUUCCAUUACUUACUAUUCUUUUAAGCCAAAUAAUAUAUUUUUUUCUAAUCAUUAUAAUAAAUUUAAAAAGGAACAGGAAGGACGAAUGUCAAAAUUUUAAUUGACUAUGAUAUAAAAUUUUUAAUAUAUUUAUGAAGUGAUUUAUUUUUUAUUGUCUUCAUAAAUCUAGGGUUAUGAGCAUAAAGCAUAUUUGACAAUUGAUGUAUGCUCAAAAUUGCUGUAUUCUAACAAUAGAAGGAGUGUGCAUACAAAAAAAUUGCAAGUUGUUAACUUUUGUUGUUGUUGAUUUUAUUUUAAUGCAAUGCUGUUAUAUUUGACAUAAUAGGGCUUAAAUCCUUGAAAUUUUUUGCAUACCUGAAUGACAUUUAUACCUACCCUAACAUCUUAAUAAAAAAUAUUUACAGAGAGAAAGAAAUAUAGAAGAUUACUAAGUUUUCAUUACAAUUUAGUAAA